AUGAUUCGUCAACUAUCAUCACAGGGUGAAGUCUUUGAGAAAGUUUACUAUGGUGUCAUUGGUCAAGGUGUGGAGCAGUAUCAUCAGAGUGCCAUCAAGUGGUUAAAAGACACAAAGACCACAGACAGAUACAUUGAAGGAGUCAUCAAACGCUUCCCAAGAAUCCCUCAGGAACACUGUUCAAGUGCAGUGGAUAGUUUAUGUGAGGAGACUGCAGCUCCAUCAACAAGCAGCAAGAAGAAGAAAAAAAUCCAGCAAGAGGUGGAAUCACAAGAAAGUGAGCAUCAAGAUAAAGAGGAACCGUAUCCAGACACUGUAGUGACAUCCACUGAGGAAACAAAUUUUAGUGUGCAGCCGUUCACACAACAAGUUGAGACCCCAAAUAUCUCAAGGAGGUGCCAUCAGAGCAGUCGUCGUUGGAGGUCUAAGAUUGAGAAGCUAGCUAACAUGGAUAUUAGUAAUACCAAUAGGCUGGGAAACCUUACUUUUGUACGCAGUGAUGAAUUUCAGAUCGCUAAAGGAAGUGAUGGAACAGAAGUUUUCCUUGGUUUGAGGGAUGACGGUACUGAGGUGGCUGUGAAACGAAUGAUUAAGUCUAAUUACAAAGUCCUCAAAAACGAGGAGGAAUUCCUUCGACUCCCAGAACUUGAUGAUCCCUCCAUUGUGCGAUAUGUGGACUUUGCUGAAGAUGACAAUUUCGGAUAUCUUGUUCUUCAGCUUUGUGAGUACACACUGGAGGAAUAUAUCCGAGAUCAUUUACCAGAUGACAGCGCUGAGAGAUCUUUGGUUCUGAAGAAGUUGGUGAAGGAAGUUCUUUGCGGCUUACAGGUUUUACACGACCAGCAGACCAAAGUGCUCCAUCGAGACAUCAAACCCCAGAAUGUCCUGAUUGACAUAAAGGGACAAGCCAGAUUGGCUGAUUUUGGCAUAAGUCGCCGACUGAAACAGGGCGAAACCACUUUACGAACAAGCAGUGCUGGAACUAGAUGCUGGAUGGCAAAGAAGACCAUAAAUGAGGAGCCCAACACUGACUACAAGAGGAGCUCCGACAUUCAGGUUGCUGGGAUGUUAGUCUACUACAUUCUCUCUAGAGGACAACAUCCGUUUGGUAAAGGUCCACAUUGUGAAGUCAACAUUCUGCAAGGAAUAUACUCUCUGGAUCAUCUGGGUGAUGAUGUAGCGAAGGAUCUCGUUGAGUGGAUGAUUAAUGAAGAUCCAAUAAACAGACCAACUGUGGAGCAAACCCUCGCACACCCCUUCUUCUGGACUGAAGAAAGGAGAGUGGAGUAUUUGAAAAAAUUGGGGAACCAGAAUGAGGCCGAGAACUGUCGUAAUGUUGAUGAGGAGCUCCUUCAAGCCAUCGAAAAAUACACAGAGGGGAAAAGCUUUUCUGAAUGGAAGACUAAAUUGCCGUCUGAGAUUGUCCAGAAACUGGACGGUAAGAAGAAAGGCUAUCCUGAGAACACACUGGGCCUGCUGUGAUUUAUACGUAACCUGCACGAGCAUUAUCCAGUGGACGCGGAGAGCAUCAGCCUGAUGGCUUCAUUCCCUGAUCUGUUUGGGAGUGUGUUCAUGUUUGCAAAGAAGAGAGGAUGGAACUCCAGAGCGAGUCUGAAAAAGUUCUUCAGCUCAGCUCCACAGAUGUGAUUGUUGUCAUUUUUUG